AUGACAAUAAAGCAAAUGACAUUAGAAUCAUUAUCCAAUGAAUUGUUGAUUGAAUUAUUCGAAUUAUUGAAUGGAAUCGAUGUCCUUCGUUCUUUCCGUGGUCUUAAUACUCGUUUUAAUUCUCUACUAUUGAUCUAUUUUCGAACUUAUCGUGUCGAUCUUCGUUCGAUCUCCAAAGAAAAUUUCACACUUUUCUGUCAAACAUAUUUACCUUUGAUAAUCAAUCAAAUUAUUCAUCUUCGAUUGUCUGAUGAUGAUGAUACUCCACGUCAAUAUUUUCAUCUAUUAUCCGCCGGUUUUAAAUUAAAUCAAUUCAACCGUCUUCGUUCUCUAACGUUCGAUAAUAUUAGUUCAGAUCCAAUGAUUAAUCUAUUCUUCUUUUGUGACUUAUCUCGUCUUUAUCAGCUGACACAUUUAAAAUUUAUUAAUUGUCGAAUAUCUGAACUUGAAAAACAGCCCGCUCAAGAUAUCAUCGAUCGCAUUUGGAGUUUACCUAAACUGACCUAUUGUUAUUGGGAUCUUAAGUUUGACUGUACAAGUUAUUUUUGUAUUCCUACCAUCAUUUCCACAUCGUUUCAUUACUUAAUUAUUCGUCAAAAUUUCUGGUCAUCGCAUCAAUUUGCCAGUUUAUUAGAGAAAACACCUAAUUUACUAAAAUUUUCUCUUUCCUUGAAUAGUUAUGAAGAAGAUGAUCGUCCAUCUUCUCGUCAAUUUAUACCAUCACCGAAGAAUCUAUCAGUUGAAAAACUUGCCUUAUAUGAAGUAUGUUCACAACGUGUAAUGAUCAAUCUAUUCCAAUUAUUACCUAAUAUUAAUCAUCUCAAAGUGGAUAUGUUCUCUAUUAAGUUCACUGGACAUGAUUGGAAACAAAUUAUCGUUAAAUAUUUACCACAAUUGAAGGUUUUCCAGUUGAAGAUGGAUUUCAGUUUUUAUCGUUUCAUUAAUGAUCAAGAUAAUGAAGAACAAGUCGAACAAUAUCUAGCUACGUAUCGUACUCCAUUCUGGAUCGAACAUCAUCAAUGGUUCAUUCGAUGUCAUUGGAGAUUAUGGAUGGCAUCUUUGUGCAUAUGUAUAUAUACUUUACCUUACAAAUUUGAUUAUUUUCCCGUUAUCUCCAAUGCAUACGAUUCGAAAACAAUAUCGACAUGUCCAUAUGAAAAAUAUUUCUCCUAUGAUUCUGUUCAACAAGUAAGUUAUAGUUCGUCCUUGUUCGAGGACGAUACAUGGUCUUAUAUCCAACUAAACAAUAUUAGAAUAUUACAUCUACAAUUACCCAUUGAUCAUCAUUUCUUCUCGAUUGUUCCCAAUAUUGAACAUUUACAUUUACUGGUUGUCGACAUUCCGGAAAGAAAUGAUCAUUUACAGUUACAAGCAUUGUUGGAUCGUGCAUUGAAUCUCCACUUCCUAGUAUUUAAUUCAUGGGAUACUUUAGAAAUGCCACCUUAUCAACUAGCCAGCGCAUCAGUUCGUCGACUAGAUUUACAAGGUGUUAAUCAAUCACGUCAUCGACAUUCCUAUGAUCUUAAACAAUGUAUGGAAUUAAGUCAAUCAUCUUUGGCUAUUCAUUGUCGAGUGGUACUUAUCAGAGUGAACCAAAUAGAAAGUAUUCUGCUAUUAAUUAAUUCUAUGAUUAAUCUUCGAACUCUGCAUGUUCUUUAUGAAGAUGAUCAACGUAGCAAUAGAUAUGAUUUGGUUGAACUAUUGAAAAAUUAUCUAUCAUCACCGUGGACUGUCAUUCGACACAAUUAUGGACAUUGGAUCUUUCAAUCAUAA